AUGAGCCACAGCACCAAUUCUCACCUGGCUGAUUCUCCUCGGCUCUCCAAGAGGAGCUUACUCAGCAUCCUUGGGAGCCCGCAGCCUGAAAGGAUGAGCUUGUCGGACUCCAUGUCUCCUACCCCAAAGAGUGGCACUCCUUCCCCUGGCCCAUCGCAGCUGCCCCUGUUGAAUUCCACCUGCCACGACAGCGACUGGGAGAGCCGGGAAGAGUUGCGCCUGCGAGAGCUUGAAGAAGCCCGGGCUCGAGCUGCCCAGAUGGAGAAGACCAUGCGCUGGUGGUCCGACUGCACCGCCAACUGGCGGGAGAAGUGGAGCAAGGUCCGCGCGGAGCGUAACAAGGCCCGGGAGGAGGUGCGCCAGCUGCGCCAGAAGCUGGAGACCUUGAGCAAGGAACUGACCAGCCUGAAGCGGGAGAAACAGGAGGCCCUCAAUGAGAACCAGCAGCUGGGCAAGGAGGUCGCCCGCCUGAAAGGAGAAGAGAAGGAAGAAGAGAAGGAGAAAGAGAUGGACAACCGCAUUGUCUCCGAGAAGGAGAGCGAGGCGUCUCCGGAACAGGAACCAGUGCGGGAUGUGGGCUCUGAGAAGGAGGUGAAAAAUAAGUUUGCUCUGCUACGAAUAUCAUCAUCUGCCAUGAUAUGUGGACAGCAAGCCAUCUGCUCUAUCAACCCAAAGAUGGAGUUUGGAGAUUUAAUCCAGGCUGAACUGGCAUUUCAGCUGAACAUUCUCAAGGAGAUUCACCAGGAUGAGCUGGGACGCAUCUCUGAGGACCUAGAAGACGAACUGGGGGCUCGCUCAAAUAUGGACAAGAAACUGGUCGAGUUACGGUCAGAGAUGGAGCGUCUCCAGGCUGAGAACGCAGCCGAAUGGGGCAAGCGAGAACGGCUGGAAACAGAGAAGCUGAAUCUGGAACGGGAGAAUAAGAAGCUGAAGGCCCAAAUCGAAGAUCUGGAAGAAAUCCUGGCUCGGAAGCGGAGACAAACCACCUGCGCUCUUGACACGGAUUUCAAGACCAUCCAAACGGAGCUGUUUGAGAAGAAUAAGGAGUUGGCUGACCUGAAGCACGUCCAUGCCAAACUGAAGAAGCAGCACCAGGAGAAGAUGGCCGAACUGGGCCACACGACGCGGCGAGUGGAGCAGCAUGAGGGAGAAGUGAAGAAGUUGCGCUUGCGGGUAGAGGAACUCAAGAAGGAGCUGGCUCAAGCGGAGGAUGAGCUCGAUGAGGCUCAUAACCAAGCCCGCAAAUUGCAGAGGUCGCUGGAUGAGCAGACGGAACAGAGUGAAAAUCUCCAAGUGCAGCUGGAACACCUGCAAUCCAGACUUCGCCGACAGCAGAACCUCCCUCUUUUUGGGAAGAUCCGUGGGUCACGCUUUGGUCCGGACGAGCCCGGAGAUUGUACCAGCGACUUGGAUGAAGACGAAGACUUGAAAAUCCAAGUUCCAUAGCAGCUGGUUGACCAACUCUGGAGUUACUGAAGGUUACAUCUUGAAAGGAACCAGGAAGUUAUGGAGCUGAGCCCAGUGGCUCUUGCGGGAGAUCGUUCCUUGUCCCACCUUAGAGCUUCUUCCUCCACCUGACUUGACAGAUGAUCAACGUGCUCUAGACAGAGGACAUCAGCUGUCAUGCGCUGGCCUUCCUCAGAAGAUUCAUGGAGAAGUUCUGAGAAACUUUCUUGAAAGUCAUACCCCUGUUUCUCCUUUUUCUUCUCCUAGGUCAGCCCCAAUCCAUCAAACACCAUUGAGACUAACAGGAGCAAAAUACUAUAAGCUUCCCAGAAUCCAAAGAAAUGGGAAUCACCUCCUCCUGUCCUAGAGCGAACAUGUUUAGCCACACCUCUUGCAGCCUUAAUUUCUCUCCCACUUAAAGAUUCUGCAAAUGCUACUUUCCUUGAAGUUAGUUGUGUGCAAUUCCAAUUCUUCAGAUCCAUGAUUUGGGGAUGAGCUCACCUGAAACAGCAGGCCAAGGGGGGAAUCAAAAUGUGGGAGAGAACAAGGCAGGUUCUCUGUUACUAAAGAUCCCACUGAGUCCCCCACCUCUUUCCCAAACCAACCACUUCAAAAUCUUCUGACAUACCCGUCCCUCCAUAUCUCAUGAGGUCUCAAGAGAAGGCAACGGAAGCACCAGAAAAUCUGAGAGGUGGAUUUUUCCAUCUUGUUAGCCUACCUUA